UUUAGCGCACUUAAAUGACGCUGCUCAGUGCGACGGAGAACACCUGAAGGACCCUACUUUAUGUAAUCCGCAUACGCUCCGCUUCAAGUAAUAUUACAUACAGAAGGGAAAUAUUGCGAAAACUGCUCUUCAUUAGUUGGUUUACGAUUAUUACAUAUUAAAGAUGUCGUGUUUAGGUGGUGAUCCCAACUUCUGCCCAGAAUGUGGGAAUGUUCUUCCUCUUCCCGGAAUACAGGAUACGGUCUAUUGCCCUCACUGUUCCUUCUUCAUCCCCGUAACAGAGUUUUCAGGUCAAGAGAUCCAGUCUACGGUUAUCUUUAACCUUGUUGAGCAGUCAUCAAUCGCUCUGGAUGAAGAUGAGGACACUGAACUAAAGGGACCUGUGAUUGACAGACGGUGCUCUCAUUGCAAUAAAGAGGGAAUGGUUUACCACACCAGGCAGAUGAGAUCGGCAGAUGAAGGACAAACUGUCUUCUUUUCCUGUAUACACUGCAGGUAUCAGGAGAAGGAGGACUCCUGAGAGAAAUCUGCUUAACCUUCUCCACUCCUCUCCAUGUCUGCUUGUGAUGGGGGUCAGAUGUUUGGAUGCUUUCUCAAGACAUGGACUAAUUUAAUGGAUCCUUUACAGCUAGGUUUUCCAGGAUGUGGACUGCAGAGUAUAUCAGCGACUGUGCCUUCCUAAACUCAAAUGAGUUCACUAGUGCACAUACCUCUGCCAACAGCCAUGAGCUACCAACCCCUGAGUCAGCACCAAAUUUGUAUGGUUUCUAUCUUGGUUUGCAUAUGUCUGUUGACAAUCCAAAAAAUAAAUGGACGGGAGGGAAAAUGUAAAACUUCUUUGCAGAAAUAAUUAUUAGCAUUCAGGUUCGUCAUCACUGAAGUUUUCUGUUUUCACUGAAAAAGUAUAACCGAUAACAUAAGUGUAACUGAUGAUGAAUGCUUUGAGAUACAUUUGAGAACCAAAUUUUAUUUUACUUCAUUUAUAAUGUUUUUUAUAAAAUGUUAUUAAAACUGUUAUUGUGCGGCUUG